CGUAUAGUUCAAAUCUUGACCCCAUCCUGCCAGAAAACUUUGGUCGAAAACAGAGCCUCAUAAACUUCAUCUCGAAAAGAGGCGAAAGGUGCAGCCAAAUCAUGAAGAUAACUCUUGACCAUUCGGUGAACACCUUGCUGGGUACCAAAGUAGGACCUGGAACGUUGAGACGAGUCAAGCAAUCACCAUCCUCCCAAUUCACGGUCCCACGUACGGAACGAAAGUCGGUUUGGUACAUUACCAAAGUCUUUGGAAGAGUAUUAUCCUCUCCUCUUCAAGGGGUCAGGAAUGAAUGCUUCAGACAUUGUUGAGUCUCUCUAUCUCUGAGUAGACAGAUUUUCAAAUGGCUUAAAAGACUGUUGAGCAUCCAAUUUGGGAGAAGAAGGCCAUCAUGAAAAGCCUUUCCUCCAUUAAUCUCUCCCAAGAUUUCAGUGGACUUGGUGGAAUCUGCCGGGCCAUCCGAACCUUCGUAUACUGUCCUCCGAGUCGCGCCAACCCAUCACCGAUCUCCUUAACUCACUCUUCUCUCAGAGUCUCCCGCUGUUCAACGAGUCUCUUGUCAGUGACGAUGGAGGAAGCGAAGAAGCAAGCGCUUGACGCCGAAAAAGCCGCGUUGCUGGUCAAGGAGCUGAGGAAGAGCUUCAACUCGGGCAGGACGAAGAGCUACGAAUGGCGGGCUGCUCAGCUGCAGAGCAUAAGCAAGAUGAUUGAUGAGAGGGCGAAGGAUAUCAUCCAAGCUCUUCAGCUCGACCUCUCCAAGCCCGAGCUGGAAGCCUUCGUCUCCGAGAUCUCCAUGACAAAAUCAUCGUGUCAGAAGGCCCUCAAGGAUUUGAAGCACUGGAUGGCACCAGAAAAGGUCAAGACUCCGAUAACAACCUACCCAUCAUCGGCAGAGAUAGUAUCGGAACCAUUUGGGGUCGUGUUGAUCAUAUCCACAUGGAACUAUCCUUUCCUGUUAUCUCUUGAUCCAGUUAUUGGCGCCAUAGCAGCUGGUAAUGCCAUCGUCCUGAAGCCGUCGGAGAUCGCUCCUGCAACAUCUUCACUGCUUGCCAGAUUGCUCGGUGAGUAUGUGGAUGGAAGCACAAUAAGAGUAGUUGAGGGAGCAGUUCCUGAAACAUCUGCUCUGUUGGACCAGAAGUGGGAUAAAAUAUUCUAUACAGGUAGCACGAGAGUAGGUUACAUUGUCAUGGCCGCUGCAGCGAAGCACCUUACCCCUAUAGUUCUGGAACUUGGAGGAAAAUGUCCGGCUAUUGUCGAUUCGAACAUUGAUUUAGAGGUUGCUGCAAGAAGAAUGAUCGCAGGGAAGUGGGUUUGUAACAACGGGCAAGCUUGCAUAGCCAUUGAUUACAUUGUGACGACAAAGUCAUUCGCUCCGAAAUUGGUGGAUGCUCUACGACUUGCGCUAGAGGAGUUUUUCGGGAAGAACCCUUUGGAGUCACAAGACAUGUCCCGUAUAGUGAACUUAUAUCACUUCAGACGUUUGGCUAAACUCCUCGACGAGGAUGGAACCUCUGAUAAGAUUGUCCUGGGAGGGCAAAGAGAUGAGAACAACUUAAGAAUGGCUCCAACUAUCUUGCUCGAUGUUCCUGAAGACUCUACGAUAAUGCAAGAGGAAAUAUUCGGGCCUCUGCUGCCCAUUCUCACUGUUGAUGACAUACAAGACAGUUUUCAUAUGAUCAACUCAAAGCCGAAGCCUCUGGCGGCAUAUAUCUUCUCCAAUGAUGAUGGUUUGCAGAAACAAUUUGUCCAGAACAUAUCUGCCGGAGGAAUGCUCAUCAACGACACCGUCCUGCAUCUCACGAUUCCAACUCUGCCCUUUGGCGGGGUCGGGGAAAGCGGAAUGGGCGCGUACCACGGGAAGUUUUCUUUCGAUGCUUUCAGCCAUAAGAAGGGAGUACUGUACAGAGGUUUCAAAGGAGACACUGCUGCAAGGUAUCCGCCGUACACGCCAGAGAAGCAAAGGUUGAUGAAGGCAUUGAUAAGAGGCGACAUCAUCGGCAUCAUCCUUGCUUUACUAGGAUGGUCCAAGGAAUGAAGUGCCGCAUACACUUGCGGCGACGGAUAGCACAGCACAUUAUCAAGAUCCGAAGGGAAGAAAUAGGCCAAGUCGAAAAAUUAAUGUGAAAUGAUUCGGGACAAGUGAUUUUUCGAACCCUGUUUCAGUGUACCCUUAUUGAAUCUAGAUCAUACAUAGCUUCACCUCA